AAGGGGGCUAAUCCCGCUCAGUGGCUCCACGGGGUGCCGCACUUGAACGAGGAUGUCUGGGGCCCGGAUGCCGAAGCCUUCCGUCCCGAGCGUUUCAUCGACAACACGCCGCCGGGGGAGGGGAAGAGGCGGCGCGGUUCGCUGAUACCCUUCGGUGGGGGGACGCACCUCUGUCCCGGCAGGAGGUUCGCCGUGACCGAGAUCACCGGCCUGGUAGGGGCCGUGGCGCUGCUGUUCGAUGUCGACGACGUCACGGUGCCCACGAUGCGAGCGGGAUUUGCUGGUUGCGCGAUGGCUCAUCCGGACUGGAAAUCGAGUGAUCCUCCUAGGGCGGUGUUCCGGCGGAGAAAAGGGUGGGAGAAUGUCCAGCUGAGGUUUACUGUUUGA